UUUGAUUGGCCAAUUCUCUCUAAGAAGGCGGGGCUUUCACCCCCGUCGAUAGAGGCUGUUUCCUUUCCACGUGGGAGUAGGGGGGGGAUGGCUGUGGCGGAGAGUAAAUCUCAGGCGUCUGGCUCUUUGGAUCUGGUGGAGAGAGUAGAAGCAGAUCUGCCAGCAGCCCUCGACCUCCUGAAAUCCCUUCAGGAGCAGGUGGUUGCAGUGACCCGUCAUGUACAGAGUCUGGCACAGAAGGUCCGAGCAGGGGCCUAUCCCACAGAGAAAGGCCUCAGUUUCCUGGAAGUGAAGGACCAGCUCCUCCUCCUCUAUCUUCAAGAUCUCUCUCACCUGAUCCUGGAGAAAACCUCAGGGCGAUCCAUGGCCAACCACCCUGCCUUGCUGCGUUUGGUGGAAACCAGAACGGUCUUGGAGAAGAUGCGUCCCAUUGACCAGAAGCUGAAGUACCAGGUGGACAAACUGGUGAAAGCUUCUGUUACGGGGGCCCUGGGUGAAAAUGAUCCACUGAGGUUCAAGCCGAAUCCUGGCAACCUGAUGAGCAAGCUCAGUGACUCGGAGGAGAGUGAAGAUGGAGAAGCUGCUGGUGGCUCAAAGAAUUCUGGGAAGGGGGCCUCUAAAGGAGGGAACAGGAAAUACGUCCCACCCCGGCUGGUGCCUGUACAUUACGAUGAAACGGAGACCGAGAGGGAGAAGAAGAUGCUGGAGCAGGCCAAGAAGCGAGCUCUCAGCAGCUCCAUCAUCCGGGAGCUGAAAGAGCAGUAUUCAGAUGCUCCGGAGGAGGUUCGCGAAGGGCGCUACACUCACGCCACCAGGCAAAGCAGAGAGGAUGAACACCGGACCAACUAUGAGGAGAGCAUGAUGGUCCGUCUCAACAUGACGCGGAAGGAGAAAGCCCGCCGGAGGCGAGUGGGUGCCCUUAGCUCCCAGCUCAGCUCCCUCACCCACUUUGGGGACAUCAGCGCAUUGACUGGGGCAGCGGCCCCAUUGGGCGAGGAUUUAGCCCCCCAGAAGAAAAAAAGGAAGAAGGUCGGGACGAAGCGGAGAAAGCAGAAAAAAGGUUUCCACAAGAAGUGAUAAUCCCCCCCUCAGUACUUGGGAUCGAUCUCUACCAACCCCAAUAUCUUGGAUUUUCACACCUGUUGCCAUGCAUGAGGGCGAAAGGACAGAUUUGGUAACAAUAAAGCCGAAGCGCCAUCUUUUCCUGUCUAAAA